UAACGACACAGCAGUUAAAUCCUAGUUUCUAUUAUUUGUUGGGAAGUUAUCACUUCGGAUAUAAUAAUAAGUUAACGCAGCUGUAUAUUUAUAUAUGCAGACAAAGCGACACAGACUUCAAGAGAUGAUACAGAGCAAUCGAUAGUCUCUGAAUACGACAGCGAUGGUAGAACAGGUGUCAACAGACCGGAAUUAAAAGAUAAAGACAAAUCAGAAGAGUUGAAACAGCACGAACGAGCCCUAUACACAAAGCUACAUGAAAUCGAAGACUCAAGAAAUAUUCCCUUUCCUGCAAAUGACCAAGACGUGGAAACGUGGUAUAUCAAUUGCACCUCUACAUUGCAUGGUGCUCCUGAACAUAUUUUCUAUUAUGGUAUUUUCGAUACAAUUAUAAGAAGAACGCGGGAAUUACCAAAACUUAAAUAUCUUACACUGACGGACAUGAUCAUUGGGAGACAUAAAUUUUCGAUGUCAAUUACAGAAAAAGAUAUAGCUUGUCUGAAAGAAUUAAAUUCAGAUAGUGAAUUUCGAAAAAUGGGUUCAAUGAUUUUAGCAAAACAUGCAGAACAUGUUUGUUUUGAUAAAGACGAUUUUCGAAUUGAGGAAGGAAAAUCAAGGUCAUUCGCAUCGUACAUUGUUUUAGAUAUGAUUUGUCGUAAGUGCGUGAUGGAAAACGUCGAUAUUGAAGAAGCUUAUCCUGCUUUGGAAGAGAGCAAGGGCGAGCUAUUGAUCAUUUGUGUUUCAAAACAAAGAACUUGCCUAUCAGAGUACAAACGAUUCAGUACAAGAGAAAUAUCAUUUGAUGGUACAUCGACAGAAUCGCUGGAGGCAGAAAACGUUCUUGAUAAAGAUGAUGAAAAUGUAAAAGAUUUGAUUAGACGGUAUGGCAUUGAGGUCAAUGAAACAUUGUCUCAUCAUGUAUUAAGACUUAUGGAAAGACAUAGUAACUUAGAAGCAGCUAGAGUGAGUUUUGUUCGUUCCACAAAAACAGGCUAUGACUAUUCCGAGCCAUGUAUCGUGUUAUAUUGUUUGGGCAAAACGUUAGUACCAUAUGGUGAAGAUUUAUUUCCUGUUUCCCUACAGCACCCGAAAACAUACAGGACUUUUAAAACAGAUGUUCGCGAAGGAUAUUUUACAACUUGCCUGAAUGAGGCUACAUUAAGACAUCAGGAGCUAGCUAUGGGCUGUAGCAUUGGAGAAAAGGGAGUGAACGCCUGUGGUACACUCGGGCCACUGGUUGAAUUCGUCAAAAACGGCGAUAUGGGGUUCCUGACAGUAAGACAUCUAUUCGAACCCAUUACUAAACCUGACAAUCAUAUCCAAGGUACGGAAGUUGUUCAGCCCUCAGAUGGUGAUGUUAUAUCACCCAGUUCUAGCAGUGAUGACAGAAUAUGCGGGAUAGUUGUCACUAGUAACGUUGGAGGCGAAACAGAUGCCGCGCUUAUACGGAUCUACCCUGAUAGAAUUCCACAGAGGGGAAAAUUUAUCAGUGUCGAUGAAGAUGAUCUGAACUUUGCUGGUUUCCGAAGUAAUCAUCAACUCACUUUUGAUGAUGGUGCAACUACUGAUGCAAGAACACUAACUACAGAGGAUAUGGCUACAAGAAGAAUCAUCAAAAUUGGAAGUGCUACUGGUCUAACGAAAGGUACGCUAUCAACUACGGAUGGAGCUGUUAGGGAGAGAGCGAAAGAAAUGAUGUAUGAUUACAAUGGUCGGAGAUAUCCAAUUAUUAUAAACAAUCUGUUGUGUGUUGACUCUUACUACACAAAAAUAUUUUGUCAAAAGGGAGAUUCAGGUUCAGCAGUAUUUUUAGUUGAAGAUGAUGCGAACAAUUCCUUGAAAUGUAUAGGCAUGGUAAUUGGAAAUAUCGAAAACGACUGUGCAGGCGUGAUCACACCUAUACAAAAUAUUCUUUCUGUCUUGCAAAACAAGUGUGGAGAGAAGUUACGACUUAAAGAGUUUAAAUUUGAGAAAAUGCAGGGAUAG